GGAGCCCGAGGAGAAUUCGACCCUAUCACAGUGCACAGGCCUGCGAGGAAUCUUGACUCCGUGUCCAUGGAGGCAGCGAAAAAAGCCAGCAUGGUUACGGACAUGACGACUUAUCUUGCCUCCCAGAAGUGGUACGCAGAUAGGGGUAUCCCGUGGAGACGGGGUUAUUGUUUAUACGGCCCUCCAGGAACUGGCAAAACCAGUAUUGCGUGCGCAUUAGCCGGGCACUUUGGCAUUGCUCUGAUCAUCAUCAGCCUUUCCACCCCUGGCAUGAGCGAUGCGUCGCUGCAAAUGAUGUUUGACGCACUCCCUACCCGGUGUAUCGUGCUGCUCGAAGACAUUGACUCAGCAGGUAUCAAACGGGAGCGGGUCGCAGAGCCCGCGGAUGACGACCAAGCUGGCAGGCAUUACGGCGUAUAUCGCCAAAGCCCUCCUAAUCCCGCCAAUGUAACAUUGAGUGGUCUCUUGAACGCAAUUGACGGAGUUGGAGCUCACGAAGGCAGAAUUCUGUUGGCGACUACAAACUCGCCCGACUCCCUGGAUCCAGCCCUUGUCCGCCCUGGCCGCAUCGACAUGAAGAUUCUGUUUGCCUACGCCUCCGCCGAAGUGUCCGAGAGUCUCUUCUUGCACAUCUUCCAAGAUACCGAGGGCCGGACUCCACACCACGGACUCGCAGCACUGGCCAACAAGUUCUCCGCCUUGAUUCCCGAAGAUCAGCUGUCUCCAGCUGAAGUUCAGAACUUUCUACUGGCGCAUCGCAACGAUCCUGAAGAGGCGGUUGAA